AUUUGUUUAAACCUCCUUUCUUAUCAAGUGUUUCUCCCUUGAUGUCAUGCACACUGAGAAGAACGUGUUUGACAAUAUAUUUAACACGGUGAUGGAUUUCAAAGGCAAAACUAAAGGCAUCAAUAUUACAAUGGCUUGUGUCUCUGAAGUUUCCAGAUGGCUACUGCUCCAACUUGUCUAGAUGCGUGGACAUGAACAAACUUACCACGACAGCAAGCAUGAAAACUCACGAUGCUCAUGUAAUCAUGCAAAGACUUCUACCAAUUGCACUGAAAGAGAUGCUCCCUGAACACGUAUGGUCCUGCAUUACUGAAAUCAGUUUGUUGUUUCAGUCGAUAUGUUCCAGCGUUUUGGAUGCGGCAUCCCUCUGGAGACUAGAAGAGUAUGUUCCCAUUCUGAUGUGCAAUCUGGAAAAGAUAAUGCCUACAUCGUUUUUCGAUGCAAUGGAACAUCUUAUAAUACAUCUUCCGUAUGAGGCUUUGACUGCUGGGCCCGUCUUCUAUCGAUGGAUGUACAGAUUUGAAAGAUUUCUAGGAGAGUUGAAAAAGAAAGUGACCAACAAGGCACACGUUCAGGCUUCAAUUUGUCAAGCGUAUCUUCAACAAGAAAUCUCAACGUUCUCGUCUUUUUAUUUCGAGCGUGACGUCAUCACCAGAAGGAAGAGACCUGCUCGGAACGAUGACAUUGGCGAGGAUUUAUAUGAAAAUGUAGUUUCCAUCUUCAAUUACCCAGGCAGAGGUAAAGGUGCUGCGACACGGCGAUACAUUCUGGGUGGGGAAUUACAAAUUGCGCAUACUUAUAUCCUCAUGAAUUGUCCUGAAAUCUUACCGUUUUAUCAUGAAUUCAGAGCUUCUUUAUCAGCCUUUCCUGAGAAUGAAAUUGAUGCAAUGGUGGACUCUGAUUUUGUAAAUUGGUACAAGUAUCAGAUCAAUAGUCGUGGGAUUGUCGACCCUCUGUUAGUAGCAUUUUCGUGGGCCCCAAGUGCCAGUGCCAAAGUGUGGCGGUCAUAUGUGAUAAACGGUUACACAUAUCACACAGCCGAUUACGGACAGGGUCGACCAACAACGAACAGCGGGUUAUGUGUCCCGACCAUCGGUUAUGAUAACUCGGAAACCAAUUUUUUUGGUGUGCUGCAUGAGAUUCUGGAACUUGAAAUGCCUUGUGGUGCGCAAAAAUUGACAUGCGUUCUAUUCCGCUGCAAAUGGGUCGAUCCCACACGUGGUGUGAGAAAACAUUCGAAGUAUAAUAUGAUUGAUGUCAACCACUCUCGUGUGUAUGAGAAAAACGAGCCUUUCAUACUCGCCCAACAAGCAGCGCAGAUUUAUUAUGCAGAAUAUCCUUCGACAAGGCGGACACGGAAUCCUUGUGUGUGUGCAUGUACUGUCCGUCCGAACAAAAUUAUAUCACAAACUCAACACAAGGACGUUGAUCUAGAUGCUUUUCAGCAACAAUUUUUCCAACCUCCGCCUAUUGUUGAGACGGUCAACUAUAACAUCCAAUUAAGUGAUCCAAUUGGCGGACGUGUUGAAGUCAUGCCAGAAACACACCUUCCGGACCUAACCAUUCCAUCUGAGCGCGAAAUUGUUGAAAUGUAUGAAGCAC